UUUGGCUCGCGAUUUCUAUUUUCCAAAUGAAAAGCUCAAGCCUUUGAUUAUCCCUCUCUCUCUCAUUCUUACCUUCUAUAGCUCGCCCGUGAUUCCUUGUUUCAUAUUGAAGGCAAUGAUUCAGCUAAAGGUUUACGCAGGAGUCAGUACCCUCGCGUCAUUGGCUGUGAUUUACCAUGCUUUCAGUACCAGAGGUCAAUUUUACCCAGCGGCUGAGUAUCUGUCGACGUCCAAGAUCAAUUUGGUGGUUCUUUUGAACAUGGGUUUGGUUCUAAUGUUCAGUUUAUGGAAUCUUGUCAAAAUUGUGUUUCUGGGUUCUCUUAGAGAAGCUGAGGUUGAGCGUUUGAAUGAGCAAGCGUGGAGAGAACUCAUGGAGAUUCUCUUUGCUGUCACUAUUUUUCGACAGGACUUCUCUGUUGGCUUUAUCUCUUUGGUUGUGACUCUUUUGUUGAUCAAGGGUUUGCAUUGGAUGGCUCAGAAGAGAGUCGAGUUUAUUGAGACUACUCCUUCUGUCACUUUACUCUCUCAUGUUCGUAUUGUUUCCUUCUUGGUGUUUCUUCUGCUUUUAGAUGGCCUCCUUACGUAUUCUUCUAUGCGGCAAUUGAUUCUGUCCCGGAAAGCUUCUAUGUCUGUCUUCUUCACGUUUGAGUAUAUGAUUCUUGCAACAACAACUGUUUCUGUUAUUGUAAACUAUGCCUUCUAUGUCACGGAUAUGCUCAAGGAAGGUCAAUGGGAAGGAAAACCAGUAUAUACCUUCUAUCUGGAGCUCGUCCGUGACUUGCUUCACUUGUCCAUGUAUCUUUGCUUCUUCCUCAUGAUAUUCAUGAACUAUGGCCUUCCUUUGCAUCUAAUAAGAGAGCUCUACGAAACGUUCAGAAACUUCAAGAUUCGUGUGACUGAUUACCUCCGAUAUCGUAAAAUCACUUCCAAUAUGAAUGAUCGGUUUCCUGAUGCAACUCCUGAAGAACUUAGCUCAAAUGAUGCCACUUGUAUCAUAUGUCGUGAAGAAAUGACCUCAGCGAAGAAAUUAGUAUGUGGCCAUCUAUUUCAUGUGCAUUGUCUCCGGUCAUGGUUGGAACGACAAAACACAUGUCCCACCUGCAGAGCGCUGGUUGUGCCAGCUGAGAAUGCUACAUCAGCAGCUUCUGGAAACCGUGGACCACACCAACAAUCCCUGCAGCAGGGAAUCGGUAGUUCCAGUUCAGAUGGCCAGGGAUCUUCAGUAGCUGGUGCUGCCAGUGAGAAUAUGAGCAGGCACGAAGCUAGGUUGCAAGCUGCUGCUUCUGCAGCCUCCAUGUAUGGGAGAUCCGUUGUUUAUCCAUCUUGUGCAAACACACUAGCAUGGUCUCAAGGUUAUUCAUUGCUUCCUCAGACGGAGGUAGAAGCACAGAGGAGAUUUCUUGAGUCCCAAAUAGAGGUGUUGCAAAACCAACUUGGGCUUCUGGAGAAGCGGACGACUGUAGUAGAUAAGAAAGGAAAGUCAGUUGCGGAAACUGCAGAAUGAAACCAUAAAAGCAAGUGUGGUAAAGACGAGGUGAACAGAGGAGUUUAGGAUUUUGGAGUAAAGAGAGAAGACAAGUAAACCUGAAAAUGUGUGAAUGGUUUUUGCUGUAGAGAAUAUUUAAAGAAUGUAAAUGUUGAGUGUCUCUGACUCGUAUAAGCUUGGAACAGAAGUACCACAAUUGUCUCUCUAUAUUAGUUUUGUUCCCUUAUCUUUGAAAAAGAAAGCAACAAUUUGGAACAA